ACUCCAGAAGACAUUGACUCACAUUCAUUUCCUGGAGACCUAUCCUAACCUUAACAUAACCCAUAACCCUAAACUAACCUUAACUUAACUCUAAAAUGAAUGAUUUACAAUAAAGGGCACUUGCUUUUUGUCCCUGUAAGAGAGGUGAGUCCCCACAAUGUGACUGUGUAAACAGAUUUAUGUCCCCACAGCAUGAGGAAUACCUGGACACACACACACACACGCACACAUGCACACACACAAAACACCUCAUAAAUGACACGUAAUGAAGCUGCUGGCCCUCUUGUAAGCUCAAGGGCUGCUGAAGAGCUCCACUAACUACCAGCUGCUUUAGUACAUUGUUAUUACAGUCAGUCAUCUCAUUAAAGCCAUUUACUGGAAAUUGACCAGAUGUAGUUUCUUUAAAAUAUUUGACCUGCGAUGCACUAAGCGGCUGAAUAAAAUGAAUGUUAAAGCCCUCCUGUGCUUCUGCGGCUCAGGUUCGAACGGAUGCACGGCCGUCAAUACCUCGCCCGCGUUUCUGAUCCUUUCGCAGAGAAGAGGCACACAGAUGAAGGAUCGGUACCUUGUAACUAACAACACACAAUGUAGCACCCACCUGAGUGGUGCACGGCCUUGUAAGGCUUGGCUGCUGCCCAUGGCCCGCCUAUGGCAACCAGCCACCAAGCCUGAAGAAAAAAAAAGACGAAAAAAAAAAAAAAAACACACUCACAAAGGCAUUACAAUACAUGCUGGGUUUCCAUGGCAAAAUGGAGGCAAAGGAACACAGGAAAAAAAAAAGAGAGAGAGACGUCGACCAAUAAAAGCCAUGAUUCAAAACAUUAAAAGCUGGAUGGAGGGCAUGUCUGCACACACGGACAAACAGGAACAAAGUAACACACUGAUUUACAGACUCUCUCAUGAUCAGAAACACACACACACACACACACACACACACACACACACACACACACACACACACACACACACACACACACACGUGUAUAAUAAACUGUCCCGGCUUGUGCAGCGUUGUUAAAACUUAUCCUGCGAUCCCACUGGUGGGAGGCUUUUUUAGGACCGGUGGGGGCAGGGCGGUAGCUGUGAGGGUGGUGGUGGUGGUGUUGGUGGGGGGGUGAUUGGGGGGGGGGGGGGGGGGGGGGGGUAGACUGUCCAUUUGCCUUUUAUAGCUGCCCACUCCAGUUAGUAGCAAGAAAGAGAGAGAGAGAGAAAGAGAAAGAGAGAUCUGGGGGCUGACAUAAUGAGGAGGGGUGGGCAACAACAGAGACUAGAGUGACCACUGGACACACACACACACAGACACACACACACAUGCAUGCAAACACAGAUAAACACACACACACACUGGGCGCCUGUGGAGGAAGCAGAGGUUGUUUUGUUGUUGGAGCAAUGUUUCGGCCCCACAGGCACUUACAUGUGUGUGCUGGCUGGGUGUUUAUUAAAGUAGAACCUUCUCUGUCUUUUUUUUUAUACAUAUAAACCCUGAUGUUUUAUAGAGAGAUACUGACUGGAGGCUGGUGAGAGAGAAGGAGAGAGAGAGAGAGAGAGAGAGAGAGAAAAAGUAAAGUGUAUAUUCCGUAUGUGUGUGUGUGAACAAGUGAGAGGGGCGAUUCAGCUAUUUUUCCUCCGUGCAUUCAGGAUUGAGAGAGGACAAGUGAGAGAGAAGGGAGAGUGUGUAUAAGCUUGUGUGUGUGUGUGUGUGUGUGUGUACGAGUAAGAGAGAGAGAGAGAGAGAGAGAGAGAGAGACAGAGGGAGAGAGCUUUAGCCUGGCUUUUCUCCGCUGUGCCUUUCAGCUCCUCUCUCUCUCUCUCUCUCUCACUGUAGAAAGAGGCGUGUCCAUGGACCAGUAUAAAGUCCAAGGAGAGCCACUCAUGUUGAGCCAUUCUCAGGAGCGAGUCCUUUGCACUGCACAACCAAGCAAGAGGAGGAAAACUGCAGCUGUUACUAAAAAAACACUGCCUUUUGAUGACCUGUUUUGCAUUUGGACACUUGUAGACCAGAUUUUUCUUCCAGCAGAGAGGGUAGGGGGGGGGGCCGAACCUCUGGACUCGAAGAGGGAGAGAGAGGGAGAGGGGGAGAGAGACAGAGAGAACAAGACUCACCUGAACACACUGUGUGGAUAUCCUUUCCUGCAACUGUUCAGUCCAACAUACAACAACAACAACAACAAAAAAAACUAGUUCUUAUCACCACUACACUCGCCAGCCGAGCAGAUCAAGAGCAGGCUCCUAUUUCUGCGCUGUGAAAUUGAAUCAGAGGAACGAAGAGGCAGUACAGCAGAGGCAUUGUGUCCCCUGCAAUUGAAACACUAACCAGCUGAAAAUAUCAAAGACCAUCCUGGACAAAGCGUUCCUCUCAAACCCCCCCUUGUUUGUCUACAAUCUGCUGUUGAAGUAGAAAGUGAUCAAAAGCUGCACAACACUCAAGAGAAAGAGAGAGGGAAAAAGAGAGGGAGAAAGAAAGAGAGAGAGAGAGAGAGAGAGGGAGGCUGAGGGGGGACCAUACACAAGGGCAAAGGAUUGUGUGCAGGUGCUGGGUGCUGCCAUGGUGCGUGGAGGCGGCGUGGCAGUAGCUCCGUCCUGGUGGGGCCUGUGGGCGUUUGGCACCCUGUCGCUGGCGGCGCUGUGCUUGUCGGACCAGGCCAUCCGCUGCCCCGUGUGUUCCGAGGAGAGGCUGGCCAGCUGCCGUCUGCCGGAGGGCUGCGAGGAGACGGUGAGGGAGCCCGGCUGCGGCUGCUGCCCCACCUGCGCCCUGCCUAAAGGGGCGCACUGUGGCGUCUACUCGCCGCGCUGUGGCACGGGCCUCCGCUGCUACCCUCCGCGCGGCGUGGAGAGGCCGCUGCACUCGCUGAUGCACGGCCAGGGGGUGUGCACUGAUGAGAGGGAGGUGGAGGAGAACUCAGCGAUGGAAAGGCAGGACGAGAUCAUCCCGGAGCACCCGAACAACAGCAAUAUCCGGUGCAGUCCACAAGACAAACGCUGCAUACAGAAGACUCUGGCCCGACACCCUCAGAAGUCCACGAACCAGAGGAGCAACACCGCUAGGGAGGAGACCAAGGCGGUGCUGGCUCCAUGUCGUGCUGAGCUACAGAGGGCACUGGACAGAUUGGCAUCGAACACCCGCACGCACGAUGAUCUCUUCACAAUCCCCAUACCCAACUGUGACAAGAACGGAGAUUUCCACGCCAAACAGUGUCAUCCUGCACGCGACGGCCAGCGGGGAAAGUGCUGGUGUGUGGAUCAGAAGACGGGCAUGAGGCUGCCGGGGCCAUUGGAGCUGCGAGGGGAUCUGGACUGCCACCAGUUAAUGACGGCUACUCUGAGGGAUUGAGAAGUGAGGAGUUGCAGUGGGGGUGCAGGACCAGCUGAAUUGAACUGGUGCUUAUUAGUAGAACUACACAAUGGAAAGGACUUCGCCCUAAAGUCUCAUUUCACCUGAGGCCAACGGUACUUGAGCUUGCGCAACAGAAAAAAGAAAAAAAACAGAAACCAUUGAAUUGAGUUCUUUUUGCUAUUUUGUUUCUGUGUAUGAGAGUAUGUGAUCUCUAUGAGUCUUUUGAGCACUUGUCGUGUUUGUUUCUACUAUGUGAACUUAAGACCGAUAGUCUUCAGACACAUCUGCUUUAAAGUAACAGGUGGCAGGAGAAAAAAAAACAACCUUCCACAGAUAACAGUUGUAGUUGUGAUCAUUGUUAGCAAAAUGUUUGGUAUUCUUUAGUAUCAUUUUAGCAGAAUAUUCUUGAAAAGUGACAUAAAAAUGCAUCAAUCCAAACAAAUCAGACUUGAAAUAGACUUUCUGAAGCACUCAAUCAUCAAAGAGUCUUAAUCAACAGUGUACCAGUUUUCCACACACUUUGUGUUAUUAAUUGUAACAAGAGGCUCUUAUUCUUGUGUCCUACAGUAUGUGUCGUUACCCCACCCCCAUCUUAAAACCGACCAUAAAAUGUGUUUGCAAAACACAAAGUCUAGUUCAGUGACGACGAAAGAGCAGCAAUAAAAGAUGGAAAGAGAACAACAGAUAAAAAUGAAACAGAAACGGGUGACAAAAGGAAUGCAACAACCCUCCCUCUCUUGAGUUACCAAAUGAUAAGCCAUAGCUUUUCAUCACAAUCAACAAUCGAGACCAAAGUGAAAAGUGAGAUUAGUUUGGAAAAACUGUAUCUGAGAGCCCAGAAUAGAUUUGCUUUAUCACCCUGUUGUCAACUCUGCACCCCCCCCACACCCCCCCACUCUUUGCCAGCAAGCUCUUUCUAGCAUCGUGGUCCAGAAGGACUGGAAGAGAAGCUGGGCUAGAAAACUCUGUAUACUGCUGAUAGGAUAAUCUUAUUUCUCCAGCUGGUGCUGAGAUGCCAGUGUGACUUGUGUUUGUAUGAAUAUGCUUCAACAUACAGGAUUUCUCUCCAAAACAGACUGCUUGGCAGAACUUUGGUGGUGCUAUAUACUGAUUGUGCCAAAAUACAAAAAGAACAAAAAAAAAGAAAAAAAAAGGCUUCUGCACUUUUUUGGGCAUUGUUUUUGGAUUGGAACAGAAGACUGGGAUUUUUUUCAGGAGCGAUUAGCAUCAGCGAGUAUGAGGAUCACCUAAAGGUGUGACCAUCUGCACUAGCUGGUUGACAUAAGCUUCCCGAGUGUGUUUUCAAUGUUAUUGUCAAAAUAUGAAAGACGACGUCGCACAUUAGCUUUUGCACUAUCACUGCAGCUGACUGGCUUGUGUGUCUCAUUGGCCGGUGUUGUAAAAUCGCAGGAGUUAAGUGUUGGAAGAAGAGUGUAAUAACCUUUAAUGAUUAAGCUACUGGCAGCAUAGCAGAAGCUCUGGUGUGGCUGUAAAGCUAACACACUGGAAUUUCAUAUCACACUAACCAUUAAAAGGAAUGUUUUACCAGUGGAAGUGACACAGAUACUCAUCAAAUACUUUAGUUAGCGCAGGUGAGGCUGGUAAUAGUCUUAUAACAAUCUGAUUGUGCAGGUUUUAAGACUGCUGUUUGUCAUUACCAGACAUGGACACCCUGCUUUAUCUGUCCCCCUGGGAGACUUCUUGGUCAUUAAUUGACUCAAGCAACAAAUUCACCUUGUGCGAUGCAGGUUUUUUUUGCUGUUUGUACGCCUGGGUGUUGCAAGUCCAUUCCCACACAACCUAACAAACUACCGGUAUGUUGGUAUGUGGAUCACAAUGCAGUCGUAUCAGAGAUGUUGAGAAAAAAGAAAAAAGAAAAAAAAAGAUCAAAAUGACACAAGAUAUUCACAGCAACUAUUACACAUUAUGUUUUUUUUUGUCUCCACACUCUGGUUUUACCUCAACGUCAGUUAAGCUAUAAACAUGACUAUUUGUGCACAACACAUUGAAGGGAGGUUCAUUCAGCUCAACACAGAAAUAAGAAAAAUUGCCAUUAUUAUGAUGUCGAAUUCAAAUCUUUUUUUUCCUUCUUAUUUGCAGUAAAAACAUGGAUAUACAAAUAAAAAAUCUAAUGAUUU